AUGUGUCUCAUCUACACAUUCUUCAUGUUGAAGAUGUAUUGGCCAUUCUUCACUGUUAUCAGCACAGCUGCCCUUGGUAUAUCGUCAAAGGUACCCGCACCUCCUGAGCAAGAAUCAAUCGAAGUAAUUGAGCUCCCACUGCCUCCGGUUGCUCCGAGCAACACUACGGGAGCUUGUUCGGUCUCAAUCAAUCACCACCGAACUGGCUGCAUUGGAAAGAUAUCGGAGUCUUUCCAAGCAGGCGAUUUCGCACCUGAUGGCAAGCAUGUGGUGGUUACCGUGGAGUUUGUCGGCGCACCUGCGGCACCAGACCCGGCCAGCAUAUACAGCGGACUACAACUCAUUCUCGUGAAAUCGGAUGGUACGAACUUCACAAAUGGCGACCCAUGGAAAUGUCUGAGCUGUGGUGUUCCCGCCCAGAACGCUCGUUCUGUGGACUCUUCAAAAGACUAUCCCCAUAUCGCUAGAAAUGCUCAACAGGUCCUUUGGGGGCAUAACAUCCUUGAUUGUAGCGGUAUUCCCUUGACCAGCGAUCUCUGCGCACCAAACAAGACCCACAUAUAUCCAAUCUAUUGGCCAGCGGGCAAGAACAGCUCCGGUACACCACGCGAAAUGCGCAUGCACCCAGACGAUGUACAUAUGGGCUGGAGCUCUUUUACCACUGGAGGCGAGUACGCCUACUACGGUCGACUGCAGUUCAAUGCAAACCCAUCAAACGGCACUCUUCGUGUCCCUCGUUAUGACCUGGUCGACGUGAAUUUGCUCGUUCAGCCCAACGGAACCGCCCCUAUCGUGGCCCAAGGUUCCGAGCUCAGGAUUCAUGACGAAGCCAUCUCAGUUGGUGAGCUGCGCGGGUUUAGCGGCUCGGGCGACGAGAUCCUAUACAUAGGAUCAACGCGCGAGGCAAAUAACAUUGAUCUCUUUGCGGUACAUAUCAUCACUGGUGCCGUUCGUCGUCUUACAAGCCACCCCGAAUACGCUGAUCCGAUCGCAUUUUCGCACGACAACCAGUGGUUCGUUUCAAUGGAUACUCGUGGAUCGGACCGGCAAAUGUGGAUGUCGGGGGAACGGUACAUUCCCCCAGUUAUUGAUCUUGUCACGGUGACAGCUGCUUCGUCAACUCGCAAUAAUGGUGCGCGACGCUUUUUUCAGCCAAUCUUAAUCGAUCGCUACGGCGAUCGGGGUGAAUACUUUGGCCAACAGGUCAAUUAUGAAGCCAAUCCGAGCAAUGGAAGUGUCGGCGAUCCGAACUGGAAUGGCAGGGCAGAUCCAGCAUUCUCUCCUGAUGGCACCCAUAUUGUCUAUUGGCAGGCUCUGGUGGUCUCUCCUGCCUGUGGUGGCGAAAACCCAUUACCCUGCCCAGUCUCGACUGCUCAAGGGGGUCGAACCUAUCGCGUGAUGCUGGCACAUUUUGCGAACCGCAAACCUGCGAAACCGGCCCCGAUCUUCGCUGCCCCGGACUAUAUCCCUUGGGCAACACCUUUCCCACCGGGAUCCAGUCCUCCUACCCCGUAUUCUGUACCCGCAGGCAACUACAUUCUCUAUGGUAAAGCCAGUGGUCUUGCGAAGGCGACACUCACAGAGGACCCUCUUUUUGGCUCAAUCAAGGCAGUGUCUAUGAACUACACCAACUAUUCGGAUGAUGGAAAGCACUACCUUAAUGGCUACGAGUCGGUGACAGUGACCCUGUCAACAUCUAAUCCUUGGCUUAACAACCUGGAUUGGAUUUCCAACAUUGUGCAGACUGGUGCGGUGCAUGCACUGAAAAAGACUGGGCCUGGCGGAUUUCAUUUGUCGAUUGAUGCUCUCGAGAAUAUCUUUGAGGCUAAUGGGACUUUGACUACGACUAUUGAUGGCGUGACCUAUCAUCAACCAGCCAAUGGUACAUGA